CGUUACACUGCUGGAAUUUAGUUUGGUUAUUUCCUUUUAUUCAAAACCUCAGGGGAAGGGAUCAAAAGUUUAUUGAUCUUUCUUCUUUAAUUAUUUAAUCACUGUUUACGCUCAACGUCUUUUUAAAAUCAAAAUCACAUUGGGUUGUUUGGUUUCUUCUAAUUUCGGUCCACGGUUAUUGCAUUGGGUUUUUGGUUUGUUUUCAUCGUAUUCACAGUUGAAUAUCACUGCAUAUUACUUAUGUAGUUGUUCGGGAAGUGCUUGACUGUAGUUAACACACCUACCCUAUCUAUCUUUUUUUUCUGCUGUUUUUGUUGUAUACCAUGCAUGAAUCUCUUCCUUCGAAUCAUAAUUUAGCUCACUCAGAGCAAAAUGCAGCAGCAGCAACCAGCGAGAGCCCUCCCAUAAAUGAUGCGUUGCCAGAGUCCGUCGAUGUAGAUACUGAACGAAAUAUUAAUAAAGUAAUUACUAAUAGCGAGAAAUCGGAUAAAGCAUCGAUGUCAAUAAUAUCAGGGAAUAAAUCGCCAAUACCAAAAUCGUUAAGUGAAAAAGAGAAAAAAGCUGAUCCGGAUAGUCACAAAAAGGAUGACUCCUGUGAAGAAAAGGAAAACAAUGAAGAUAUCCAACUAAUUCCUGAAAAUAAUAUGUAUUUGGUAGUCCCAGCUCUCGUUUCAUGCCUUUUUUUGGCUGCUUUAGAUAAUACUAUCGUUACCGUUGCCGUCCCUACAAUCUCCCAACAUUUCCACGAUUCUUCCCGUUCCUUUUGGAUAAGUACCUCCUAUACACUCGCUACAAACGCAGUCCUUCCGGCGGUGGGUGUUCUCUCUAACAUCUUGGGACGAAAGCAUAUGCUAUAUGCAUCGGUCUUUUUCUUUAUGCUGGGUAGUGCUCUCAGUGGUGCUAGUCAAAACAUGAUUAUGCUAAUUAUUUCACGAGCUAUUCAGGGUGCUGGAGCCGGUGGAAUCAGCUCUUUAAUUAACAUUAUUAUUUCCGAAAUCACUCCUUUAAAAACCCGCCCAAUGUAUACCGCUCUAACUGCUUCGGCUUGGGGUAUCGCUCUUGUCCUUGGUCCAGUUCUCGGCGGUAUCAUUUGUGAAAGGACCACUUGGCGAUGGAUUUUCUUCAUUAAUCUUCCUGUUGGUGGUAUAGCAAUCAGUCUUAUCAUUUUCUUUUUGAGAGUACUACCCGUGAAACGACAAUCCUUUCGUGUGUUCCUUAAAACUUUUGAUUUUCUUGGUCUUGUUAGCGUCAUUACAGGAGUUGUGCUUUUUCUAUUGGGUAUAUCUUUGGGAGGUGAAUCUGGUCAUUGGGCUCGUCCCGGAGUUUUGCCUUAUAUUAUAAUUGGUGCAGUUCUUGUAAUAUUUGCUAUGGUAUACGAUUUUCAUACCAAGAGAAAUCCAGUAUUACCUCCAAUACUAUUCAAAAAUAUGAAUAGUAUCAGCGUUAUGAUUUGUUCAUUUGUUCUUUACUUAAACGACUAUUUAUUCGCUUACCAUAUUCCUCAGUAUUAUCAAAGGGUUCGAGGUGAUGAUCCUCUGAUGGCUGGUGUGCACUUUUUACCUGGUGGAGCCGUUUUAAUUUGCAGUUCUGCAAUAACUGGUAUAGUGCUCAAAAAGCUGGGCUGUUAUAGGACAGUGCUUUAUACAGGGGGCAUCAUCUGUACCGCAGGACUGGGAAGCUUAAUUUCCUUGGAUGCCUUUUCACCAUUUUCGAAAGCUAUGGGCUUAAUUACAAUUUUUAUGUUUGGUUCUGGCUUUAUGUUUUUGCCUUUACUCCUUGUCAUGCAGGCAUCAUUCCCGCCCUCUUUAAUGUCGAUAGCUACAGCCACACUGAUGUUUAUAAGAUACAUUGGAGGAGCUAUCGGUAUAACUGUAGGAGAGGUAAUUUUUAGUCAAAGAGUGACUACUGCCUUUCAUGGAGACAGUUCGAUCGCAAAGUUAUCAUAUAAGCAAAUCCAGCAACUCCCAAAUGAUGAAAAAAUUCAUAUUAAAAAUACGUAUGCGUCUGCCUACAAGACUAUUUGGCUUUUUACAACUAUUGCUAUGGCCGUUGGUACUAUCGCAAUCUUCUUUGUAAAGAAAGUUUCAACGGAACAGAAGUUUAAGAAAGUACCCGCAAAAAAAGCAAUUGUAGAAAAGGUUUGAGCUUCUCUUUACCUGCCAUUGUAUCUUUUAUACUUUUAGCAUCUUUUUAGUUUUCAUUCAUUGCAUAAUUUUUUA